GCAGUCAGCCGACGUGCGGGUAAAGCAGUACACCGUUUCGUGGGGAAAUAUUGACCCCUUCCCCCUUGUCAUGCACACGCACUCCGAGUGACCAGUCACCGUCCAUGGUCGACAUCGAUAGCGAUGACAACGGUGAUGUGCGGGCGAAUACAACUGGCUGGAAGCCUGGACGAGUUGGCGAUGGCGAGGGCACCUGGCAUGAUGAAACGGGCAGGUCCAGUUAUGGGGCAGAUGAAGGAGACGACGAGGAUGGCAUUUCGCCACCACCGGGGGAGAUGAACGACGAAGAUUCUGGUCGUCGUGCGGAGGUGGCAGACGAAGGGCGUCCAGGUGGUGAUGUGAAUGCGGCGAAGGGAAAUCAGCAGAAGCGUCGUGCUGGGCGACCUCCGACUACCGAUCCCAAACCGAAGGUGCCAUGGACGUUGGACGAGAGGAUCCAUCUCGCCAGGAUGAUGCAAGAGGAUGACGCCCUCAUGGCGGAUGCCAACGGCACACACCGCAUGAUGCCGAUGAAGGAUCGGUACGCAUGGGUGCACGCACGGAUGAAGAAGGUCGGGUACAUGCACAGGACCGCAGAGGAUUGCCGAAAGAAGUGGUUCAACAUGAUGACAACGGCGAAGCUAUUCCUGGACAAGCAGGAGAAGAAGUAGGGGGAGCCAUUGUAUUUCGACAUAUCCAUUGAGCAGCGGAGGGAAAGGAAACUGCCGCUAUGCUUCGAG